AUGGAGAAGAGGAGGAGGAACAUUAGUCCCGGUAAUUAUUUCUUUCUAGUGCCCGUCAUCGGGUUCAUACCAUGGUAUGGUAUGCUUAUAGCGAUGCUGAUAUGUUGGGCGGGACAGGGCCGUCCCAUCUAUUGGUUUAUGCAUCAGCCGCAGUCGGUGGUGUACAUCUCUGACAUUGGGGCGACGAAUUUGAAUCCGCUGUUCAUAGCAGGUGCCGGGUGGCAGGGCCUGUUUCUGGUGAUCACGGUGGCAUGCGAGUUCUACCAGAGGUCCGGGUACUGGCCGUUCAGGCUGCGUGCGGACUGCAGGACCACCGCAGACGAGAAGUCGGAGAACGGGCUCUCGUUCAAUUCGAUGAAGUCGCAGUACAGCGAUCUGCUCGAGUCCUCGCGGUUUUUGAUGCCGCCCUGGUACACCAGGCACGAGAGAAAUCUGAUCUUUGCAGCGUUCGUGAACGGGCUCAUCGGCGAGCUCGGGCUGUUAUUCUGCAGCAUAUUCACAACCGCCAAGUAUCACCACGUACACAUCUCGAUGGUCACGGUGUUUAUCGUCUUCAUGCUGCUUUGCGUGUGCUGCAACAUCGCAGAGUACAUGUCGAUGGGCAGACACUAUGCGAUGCUGCAUCCUCUGGCGUCCCAGGGCGCCGCGACGGUCACUCCCGCCGAUCUCAAGUGGUACCAGUGGAGCGGUCAUGUUUGGAACAAGUUUACCAUCAGCGGUGUGACCAAAAUGGCUUGGCUGGCACUGGCUAUUGUGUGGGCGAUCUGUUUUGGCGCCAUCAACGACGACUCAACCAGUGCCUGCUUCGAAUGGCUGCUCGCGUUCUGGUUCGGCCUGUAUUUCAUCAUUCUCUCGGUCGACUUCUAUCUUGGUGGCAGAUACAAGAAAUCUCGCUACUUCCGUCACGUCCAAACUUUCGCCGGCUAUUAUAAAUACGACGAGUUGCUGGCGUCUACCGUUUUCCAUCGCGUUUCAAUACCUUCGCAGGACGAGGAAGCCAUCUUCGUGGACGCCGAUGCUCACCCAUCGGUAUCGGUGGUUGCCUAG